AAUAGGAGCAGCAGCGCAUGUGUGCGACAGUUGUCGGCUAAUAAUACCAGCCCGCUGCGCCUUUAAGAGGCUGAUGGCUUAAUUUAAUAUCUACUCACACCCCGCUGAACUUUGAGUUAAUUAACGAAGAGAAGAGUUUGGACCUGCGGCUCUGUUUCCCGAACUGAAACUGCUUCUUUCUGCUUUCUCUCCUCUGUCUCUUUCUCUCACACACGCAGAAACACGGGCCGGAUUAAAUUACGCAUUGCGCCUUUAAGAAACUGUCAGAAGGAUUAGAGUUACGCACGGCUGACCGAGGUUGCGCACCGGAGCGCUUUUUACGCACCGAGGAGCGACAUCUGUCCCUCUGGUUCUCCCCCUUAGUGGGUCCGGACACCACUUCCACGCAGCGUGACAUGGCCGAGAUCGGGAAAGGGGUCACCGCCGGGAAACUGGCCCUGAACGUCCAGAAGAGACUGAGCAGGGCGCAGGAGAAGGUCCUGCAGAAGCUCGGUAAAGCCGAUGAGACUCGAGACACUGCCUUCGAGGAGCUGGUGGCUAACUUCAACAAGCAGAUGACUGAAGGCAGCAAAGUGCAGAGAGACCUCAAGGCCUACCUAGCAGCAGUCAAAGCAAUGCACGAUGCGUCGCGGCGGCUGCAGGACUGUCUCGCUGACAUGUACGAACCGGACUGGUUUGGAAAAGAGGAGAUGGAUGCACUGGUGGAGGAGAUGAUAGAGAAGGAGUUGGACAAUAACCUGGAGGACACAGACACAUUGUGGUUGGGUUAUCAUCAGAACCUGACAGACAAAACUUUGCUGUGCAUGGACACGUACCUGGCUCAGUUUCCGGAAAUCAAGGCUCGUAUAGCGAAGCGAGAGAGGAAGUUGGUGGACUUUGACAGCGCCCGCCAUCACUUUGCCUCCUUACAGAAAGGCAAGAAGAAGGAUGAGGCCAAGAUCGCCAAGGCGGAGGAGGAACUGGGCCGGGCUCAAAAGAUCUUCGAGGAGCUGAAUGUGGAGUUACAGGACGAGCUCCCAGUUCUGUGGGACAGUCGUGUUGGUGUCUAUGUUGGCACAUUCCAGAGCCUGGCAGGUCAACAGGACAGGUUCCACAAAGAAAUGAGCAAACUCAGCCAAAACCUGAACGACGUCAUGACCAAACUGGAGGAGCAGCGGGAGCUCAAAAAAGAUGCUACUGCAGCAACAAAGAAAGGAGACGGUGCAAAGAGCGAGGAAGCCAACCACAGUGAAUCAACAAGCCCAGCACCAAAGAAGCCUGGACCUCCUCCCAGCCGACCUCCUCCCAGAUUUACACCGUCUCCAGACCCAAAACAGCAAAACGUUGGCAUGUUUGAGGAAGAGGCUUCGCCGCCAGAUACAAACACAAACUCCACCAGCACAACACAAAAGCAGUGUGAGCCCUGGUCAGGGGUGAACCUGCUGGACUGGGAUGUUGAGGUUUUUCAGCCUGUUACAAUUCCAGUUCCCAAGACGCCAUCAUGGGAAUCAUGGCAAGAUCAGACCAACACAGAUCAGGUAUCCCAGCAUGAGGAUGACAAGCACCAAGAAGAGACCCAAAGUGGCUGGGAUUACAGCGACAGCAGUUAUCAGAACUCUGCUCAGCCAAGCAGGGAAAAUACGGAGACAACUGAGGGUCAGGAGAGCUGGACUGAAGACCAGGAAUAUGCAGCUCAAUCGUACAUCGAGCCAAACUGGGACAAUGAUGGUGCCAGUGUGGGACAGGGUGACUGGGGCGAGGAGGAGGAGAGCUCUGUGACCAAUGGCUCUGAUGCUGAACUUCCUCCAGGGUUCCUCUACAAGGUAAAAGCAGUACAUGAGUACACAGCCACUGACAACGAUGAGCUGGAGCUGAAGGUUGGAGAUGCUGUGCUGGUUUUGGCUUUUGACAACCCUGAUGAACAGGAUGAUGGCUGGCUCUUAGGCGUAAAGGAGUCUCACUGGUUCCAGAAGAAAGACAUUUCAGCCAAAGGUGUUUUCCCUGAGAACUUUACUCAGAAGGUUUGAUGUCAAUGCUGCACACUGAUCCCAGCUCCAGCUCCUCAAUAAUGUUGUUUUUCAUGCAUACCCUGACAUGACUAUGAUUACAGCCAGAAAUGUGCACUGAAACAUAACAUCUUGUAUGAUUAACGCAGCAAUGGAGAACAGUGCCUGUCGAUGCACAUUUAUGCAAUGUUGAAAGUUGAUAAACUGCUUUCUAAUGAAUUUUUAGUAAAUUUGUGCAAGCAAAAUAAAACAAAUGUAAAGAAA